GAUUUGAGCUCAUUAGCAGUACCUUUUUCAGUUACUUUAUUUUUUAGUUUCACCUUAGACAAACUUGUAUCAAACUACAGUUUCAGUAAAUAAAACUACAAACACAUUAAAAUUUUCUUUAAAAGCCAUCAACCGACUGGAUCACAGAAUGAGAUCAUUUCUCACCUUAUUGUUUAUAAAUGAAAGUGGCCUGUAACUCUUUAACAAACCCUUUCAUCUUAAAGCAAAUCAGUGACAUAUAUUUGGAGUGAGCAUUUUAGUAUGUUUUUGCAUCAUGACCCGUCAGUCUGCUCCUUGAACCGUUCAAGCAGGCCAUUGAAAAGACACAUUGUUUCUUAAGGCUGGGCACUGAGUCUUCAGCUGUGUUCACUGUGUAGGAGACUGAGAAAGAACACUGAGCACAUCACUGCUGCCUACAGACAUGGGUUGUUAUGAAUGCUGUAUGCGCUGUCUGGGAGGAGUGCCGUACGUCUCUCUGGUGGCCACUCUGCUGUGUUUCUCUGGCAUUGCUCUGUUCUGCGGCUGUGGACAUCAGGCCCUGACAGAGAGUGAAAGACUUAUCGAGACUUACUUCACCCGUGACCAUCAGGACUUCAUCACCCUAGCGUACCUUAUUGAGUAUUUUCAGUACAUCAUCUAUGGCCUGGCCUCCUUCUUCUUCCUGUACUGUAUAAUCCUGCUGGCUGAAGGUUUUUACACUACCAGUGCAGCUCGGCAGUCAUUCGGAGAAUUUCGUAGUACAGUUUGUGGUCGCUGUCUCAGCACAACGUUCAUCGUGAUCACGUAUUUCCUGGUUGUGGUCUGGUUACUGGUGUUCUCCCUCUCUGCGCUUCCUGUCUACUUUUUCUACAACAUGGCAAACACCUGUCACACUAUCAACAUCCUCUCUGAGACGCCCUCCAGCAUCAACCAGCUGUGCAUUGAUGCCAGACAGUAUGGUUUACUUCCAUGGAAAGCAGUACCAGGAAAGGCUUGUGGGAUGACCCUGUCUAACAUCUGCAAGACAAGAGAGUUUUUCCUGACCUAUGAUCUCUACAUCGCUGCCUUCGCUGGAGCGGGGAUGACGGUCUUGGCUCUGAUCACAUACACUGUGUCCACCACCUAUAACUUUGCGGUUCUGCGGUUUCUGGGAAGGAAAGGCAUCAGUCCGCGCUGUUAAUGGCUGUUCUGUCCUGCUGUCCUUCUACGGUCAAUAACAGCACCAUAUUGGAGCACUUUAGAAAUUCUCAUCCUCUUCUUUUCCACAACACAAUUUCCUGACAUUCUUUUCGAUUUUUUUUUUUUGGGAUGUAAAGAUUUACAAACAGUAUUUGGAAUCCUUGCUCCAAACUGUCUUUCAUCUGAUUUUUCUACCUAUAUAUACUGCUCCCGACCACUAGAGGAAAUAUUCUGCCUUCAAGUCUUCUGGGAUGUUAUAACUGUGCUAAUGUAACAAAACAUGAUGUAACAGCAUUGGGUGUGUAACAGAUUCUUUAUAUAGUUUUUUCAACAUUUCUUCUCCUCUAAAUCAUGUCUUCCAUCAUUAUCGAGAGCACCUCUGCAUGUAAACAAUGCAAACGCAUGCGUUGUGAUACUCUCCAUAAUGGCAGAAGACAUGAUUUUUUUGGACAAGAAUUGUUGAAUAAAGUCAUUAUUUUGUUUUCUUUGCACACAAAAAGUAUUCUUGUAGCUUCGUAAAAUUACAGUUGAGCCACUGAUGUCACAUGGACUGUUUUUCCGAUGUCCUUACCACGUUUCUGGGUCUAGGAACGUUGCAGUUGCAUUGCUGUCUAUGCACGGUCAGAGAGCUCUCGGAUUUCAUCAAAAAAAUGAAUUGUUGUUUUAAGCAAAAACGAACAAUAUUUUGUUAUUUUUUAAAAAACAAGACUUAAUAUCUUAAGUCAUUUUGCUUCUUAAGUAAAUGUAUCUUGAUUCAAGAAUGUUUAGAUAUUUGUACUAGAAAACAGAGUAAAAUUAUCUGGAAUUUCCUGUGCUUUUACAUCAUAAAUAUGAUCAUGCCAACAUGACUUGAAGGCAGCUAUAAACCCUUAAUUCAUUUUUUAUCCUUUUUAGGUCAAGAAUGCAUUGCUUUUUGUUUUUAGAAAUCUGAUAGGAUAGUUUGAGUUUUAUUUUAUGUAUCUGCUAUCAAAUACCUAAUCAAAUAUUUUUGUUUACAGCUAGUAUACAAGUCCAUUUAAAACCGUCUGGUCUAUCCAUAAUUGAAAUCACUUGAUUGGACCAAAAAUAUUCUUGUUUCAGAAAAUAAAAGUAAAAAUAAUAAUUGGUAUAGUACUACCAUAUCAUAAGAUUAUUAGAUGCUUAAAAAGAAUCUCAAGGUGAUGAUGGCUGGUUUCCUUGGUGACCAUCCCUCACAUCUGGUUGCCAUGGAGAGACACAGCAAUGUGUGCUGUUUUCUUGUGACCCCAGCGCUUUUUUCUCACAGCCUCUUGAAAGGACUGAGAAAAGCCUAAACAAUGGAUGAGCCCCUCUUUGUUUAGAGGACAGCCCCGGCACAAAUUCAUGCUAGGGGUCAGUUUACGCGUCAGAAGGUUUCGCCCACUGACAAAGAGGCUUCUGGGACUUUCCAGCUGCUUGAAUAAAAGCUUUCUGUGACUGGUGCACAGAUGCGUCUGAUGAUGUUUGAGCAGGUAUUUUCCCGCAGAGCGUGUCGUUUACUAAUAGUGUUCCGUGGCUGGGAUCUUUCACUAAAAAUUAAGAGUUAAAGACGGUUCGGU